AUGGCCAUCCACCAUAGGGCCCUCUUACUACUCUUGAGCGUAGCCUCCUGGCUACUGCUCGCCGCUGGCCAGCCCCAGCACACCAUCAGCCGCUUCGAAAACCUGCCGGCAAGGCUCUUCUUCUUCGAUGAUACUACGAGUGUCAUCUACCACGACGUCGUGAAAGGAACGGUGUACACCUCUCCGGAUGAGGGCAAGUCGUGGGGCAUCGCGGACGGGGUCCCGGAGGGCAAGGCGGCCAUGGUCAUUGAGCAUCCAUUCGACAACCGAUUGGCAUUCAUUCUCACGAGGGGGAAGAACCACUACCGAACACUAGACCGCGGCAAGACAUGGCAGAACUUUGACAUGCCGCUCUCCCCCGCAUUAAUCGGGAGACCGCUCUCCUUCCAUUCGGACCCGGCAAAGUGGGGCUACAUCCUCUACCAAGGAACAGUAUGCGACAAUAACGGCGGAUGGGGGGAUUCGUGCCACGACGAGACCUACUACACAAAGGACGCGUUCACCAGUGACGCGAGACUUCUCUUCGCGGACUCGUCUCGCUGCCAAUUCGCUCACAGCAGCAAGGACUUCAAACAUGACGCGCACGAAGACCUCAUCUACUGCGUGGGCUUCGAAGCUUCCGACUCGACCGGCAGCCACAGGCUGUCUUCCAGCCGUCUCUUCUCUUCCACGAACUUCUUCGAGACCGAGAGAAGGCUCGAGGACCUCGGCGCAGGAAAGAAUGCCCGCGGCAUCGUCGCGUUCGCCAUCGUUUCCAAGUUCGCAGUCGUUGCGCUGAAGGACUACUCGGAAGGCUCUAACGGGGAUAUGCUCCUGUACGUGACAGUGGAUACGAAGACGUGGGCCAAGGCACGAUUCCCGCACUCGUCGGAAGCGCGCCUGCGCGAGAACGCAUACACUAUUGUGGAGUCGACGACGCAUUCGCUUGGAGUCGACGUGUUGACACACGACCAGAGCGCGAUUGGGACGCUGUUCGUGAGCAAUUCGAACGGGACGUUCUUCGUGGAGAGCUUGAAGGACACGAACCGGAACGAGGUGGGCUACGUCGACUUUGAACAGAUAUACGGAGUGGAGGGCGUCGGGAUCGCGAACGUGGUGAGGAACGCGGCGGACGUCGAGGGGCGGCGUGCGCGGAAGGAGUUGCAGUCGCGCAUCACGUUUGAUGACGGACGGACGUGGUCACGUCUGAAGCCGCCACGGGAGGACGUGGAUGGGCAUCGGAUCGGUUGCGCCCCCGAGGUUGACAGCUGCUCGCUGCACCUGCACUCUGUCACGCUCCCGCACAACUUCGGACGGGUGUUCUCGUCGCCUGCGCCUGGGUUUGUGAUGGGCGUGGGGUCGAUUGGGGAAUACCUGCAGCCGUACGAGGAGUGCGACACGUUCCUGAGCACGGAUGGCGGGGUCACCUGGAAGAUGGUGCUCAAGGACGCGCACAAGUACGAGUUUGGUGAUCAGGGCAGCUUGCUUGUCGUCGUAAACGACGAGGAUGGCGACGACGUGAUCCGCUACUCGACCGACUAUGGCAAAAGCUGGAAAGAAUACAACAUUGGUAUCCGCCUCCGCGCACGCAUUUUGACCACGGUCGGAGAUUCGACCUCUCAGAAGUUCCUUCUCGUUGGUCAGGUGGCUAGGAAGGACCAAAUAGAAGGGCAAGGUCGCUAUGCCGUUGUGUUCCUGGACUUUGCGACGCUCGACAGACGGAAAUGCAGCAGUAGCGACUUCGAGGAUUGGAUAGCGCGUUCGGCAACGCAUGAAUGUCUCAUGGGUCACAGGCAAGCAUACACGCGUCGCAAGGCAGAUGCAAACUGCUACGUCGGUGAGAAGUUCCGCGAUCCUGUCCCUGUCGAGGAGGCGUGCCCGUGCACCGACGAGGAUUACGAGUGCGAUUACAAUUUCAUCAAGGACGGGGCGGAUUGUGUUCCUGCCGGACCCGAGCCUAUUCCUGCGAACGUGUGUCGCGAGCCCCACGACACGUACAUGGGAUCGUCGGGGUACCGCAAGAUUCCUGGCAACACCUGUCAAGGUGGCAAGAAGAAGGAUGAGCCCAGAUCCAAGCCUUGCAAGAACGCUCAACCAGCGGAGGGCGAGAUCAUCCACCAAACUUUCGAGUUUUCCAGCCCGAUCGUCCAGUAUGCGUAUUUCCGCGACUCGACCGUCAUCUUGGUCCGGCUGUCAGACAACAGUGUCUGGCAGUCACCCAACGAGGGCUAUACGUGGAACCAGAUCGAACCAGGCGAAACGUUCGUUGCUUUCUACCACCAUACAUUUGCCUCCGACCGCGCCUACCUCAUCACAAACGACAAGAAAUACUGGUAUACGACCGACACAGGCAAGACUUGGUUGCACAUGUCGACCGAAUCUGUCCCGAACACGUUUGGCCUGCCUGUCCUGCGCUUCCACCCGGACAGAUCAGACUACCUCAUCUGGACUGGUAAUGAGGGCUGCGGCGGAUUCGGGGAGAACUGUCACGCAACUGCAUAUUACUCGCUCGACAAUGGGCGCAAGUGGACAAAGAUUGAGGAGUACGUGCGAAACUGCGCGUGGGCGCGGGACGCGCAGCUGCGAGUCGACCCGAACCAGAUCAUCUGCGAGUCGUAUAAGAACAAGCAGGGCAGCCAGCGGUACUUCGGGCUCGAUAACCCGCUUGAGUUGAUAAGUGGCGCGGACUUCUAUAGGCAGAAGUCGAAGCUGUUCGACCACGUUGUCGGCUUCGCGAAGUUCUCCGAGUACCUCAUCGUUGCUGAGUAUCAAGCGCAGAAGCAGUCGUUGGAUAUCCAGGUCUCGCUUGACGGACGCAAAUUUGCUUCGGGCGAGUUCCCACCCUCUAUGCGCCCAGAUCAACAUGCAUACACAAUCCUCGAGUCCAGCACGGAGUCUGUCUUCUUGCAUGUCACGACCUCCGAGCCUCCUGCACCGUAUUGGGGCAACAUCCUCAAGUCAAACUCGAACGGAACCUAUUACGGUCUCUCAAUUGACAACGUCAAUCGCAACGACGCGGGAUAUGUCGACUUCGAGAAGAUGGUUGGCCUUGACGGCAUCGCGCUCAUCAACGUGGUUUCUAAUCCAACGGAAGCUCCACUGACCGGUCGUAAACUGCUGCAGACUCGGAUCACGCAUAAUGAUGGUGGUAGUUGGCGUCCUCUUGUUCCGCCUGCCACCGACUCCCUGGGAAACCGUUAUGCAUGUGAUAGCACGAAAUGCGCCCUUCACAUCCAUGGAUACACGGAACGCUACGAUGUCCGAGCGACCUACAGCACACCUUCAGUGCCUGGUAUGUUGAUGGCUGUCGGCAACGUCGGCGAGUCUCUCGACCCCUACGACCAGAGUGGCACAUUCUUGAGCCGCGAUGCUGGUUUCACUUGGCAGGAGGUCAACAAGGACGCACAUCUCUGGGAAUUUGGCGACUCAGGCUCCAUUCUUGUGAUGGCGAACGACGAAGGACCCACAGACCACAUCUUGUUCAGUACAGAUGAGGGUCUAAACUGGCGGGAGUACAAAUUCACCGAUGAGGCGAUGCGUGUCAAGGCCAUCAUUACCGUGCCCUCAGACACAAGCCGGAGGUUCAUCCUCAUGGGGUUCUAUCCUCGCGCCAGGAAUACUGCCGUCGCGGUCCACGUCGACUUCUCAUCCCUUACUCGGAAGCAGUGUCGUAUUGACCUGGAAAAACCCAAUGACGAUGACUUUGAGCUGUGGAGCCCAGCUGAGAAUCGUGACGAGCAGUGCUUGUUUGGUCGUCAGACGAUAUUCCACCGUCGCAAGCGCGAUGCCAACUGCGUUGUCGGUAAUGUUGAGAAGCAAGCGACGAAGAUCGUGAAGAAUUGCAAAUGUACGGAGGCGGACUUCGAGUGCGAGUUCAACCACGUCCGGAACGACGCUGGAGAAUGUGUUCUUCUCCCGGGCCUGUCACCACGAGAUCCGGACCCCAAUGCCCAGUGUCGUGCAGAGGACGCCUGGUACGAAUUAACCGCGUAUCGCAAGAUCCCAUACUCGUCUUGCGAAGGCGGUGUACGUCUCGAUCGUGGCGCCAAGCACACCUGCCCGGGCGUUGGUGGACACAGCGCGUUCUUCUGGCUGAUGAUUCUGUUCAUCCCCGUCUGCUUCGCUGGUCUUGCGGGAUACUACUACCUCAAGAAGGGCGGUUAUGGCAGAGGGGCGAUCAGACUACCUGGAGGGGACGGAGCGUCACGAUACUCGAGCGGCUCAGGCGUGCUUGACACUAUCGCGAGUGUACCGUACUUCCUCAUCGGCUUGGCGGGCGUCGCGUAUGAGUGGGUUGCAGAAAAGUUCGACGCCGUUGCUAUUCGACUGCAGGGACGCGGAGGGUACCGCAAUCUGCCAGUCGACGAAGACGCGCAGAUCUUGCGGUUCGAGGACGAGGAAUCGUGAAGUCGGGGUUCAGAAGGGGGAGGGGACGUGGACUGCUCUGCCAAUACACCUAGUCUGUUGUUUAUUUAGUACUACCGUCUUUGCGCCAUCGCAGCCUCUAAUAUUCUCGAUACUCUGCCGGAUAACCUUGGAUGCCUGUAUAUAAGUACAAGAGGAACUGUAUCAUCUCUAUCGUGGGCUUAUUC